AUGGACAGAAGAUCAGACGAGUUCCUGCUAGGAGAAAGCUCAAGGCAAGAGGCAUACGACGACCUCGAGAGCCCUUCUACGUUCCGCACCAAGCCGAUGGCUUCCGCUAAGGGCAGCAAACAAUCUCUCAGGACGAUCGUUGUGGUUCUGGUGGCUAUUUCCUUGCUCAGCUUUGGUGUCAUCCUGCUCAAACCCUUGGACUAUCUGGAUGUUGAGGAGGCACCUGUGUCACGGUAUUCGGCUACCUUUGACUCGCAGUCAUAUAUCCAAGGCCCGCCCACCCAACGCUUUCGAGAUAACCUUCGUAACGACACAAAGUACAUUACAUCGUGGAUAUCUGCGGGAUGGACGAAUGACGUGAUGACCUAUGGAAAUUUGAUUUACCUUGCACUCAUAACAGAGCGCAUACCCAUAAUUGCAAAAUUCAUCCCUUCUCAUGUUGACCACAGUGUACCUCCAUUUGCUUUUGGGGAUGUAUUUGAUGUCCCUCGGCUCAGCCAUGCCGUAAGGACUCCCAUAAUUGAAUGGCACGAAGUAAAGGACUCGGAAAGCGAGGUUCUCGACGACCUUGGCUGUUGGAGUCUUUGGGAAAGCGUUCAAAACUCCGAGUCCCAUCCCAGGGGAAGUUCUUCCCUUGAUGGGCUCAAGCUCGAUGUCUCGUGGACACGAACCCCAGAUUGGGUCAAGCUGACCCCUCCUGGCGUAACGGAUAGCCAUGCUUCCUUUUGGUCCCUUGCAACACUGGGGUUUCCGGAGACUCGCUCAGACAACCUGGAAUUAACGAAUUAUCCUUCUCCUCAGCAUCAGGUUUCCCUUCCCCCGGACGAUCAGUUGCUAUGCUUCGAUUACCUAUACUAUGUAGGCGCCCAGAAUGCAUUUGAAUGGGAAUCGGACUAUUCUCCUGCAUGGAGAUUUGUAGGCCAACAUAUGCACUGGAAUGCGAGCCUCGAAAGGCUUGCUAAUGAGUAUGCUCGGCGCGCUAUGAGUGUGCCAGAAAAUGAACCAACACCACCCUAUAUAUCUAUCCACAUGCGGCACGGUGACUUCCGCAGAUACUGUAAUGGUGUGCCUCUGGACCAGUGCUUCGCCUCGUUGCCUGUCAUUGCGCGCAGGGUGGCCGAAGUGCAAGAGGAGCUACGCACACAAAAAGGUACCGAGGUCACGCAAGUUAUUAUGACGAGCGACGAACGCGACCCAGAAUGGUGGUCAGGGGUCAGGGCAAUGGGCUGGACGUGGAUUGAUUAUGCAUCUGAGCAGACAGAGGAGAUCUAUGGAAAGUGGUAUCCGGUGUUCAUCGACGCUAUCAUUCAAUCGAAUGGAGCUGGCUUUGUCGGCACUGAUGGUUCCACGAUGACCACCCUAGCCCGUCGCCGAGUGCAGUCAUGGCAUGGUGGACCAACUCGAGUCGUCAAAUGGGGCUCGCCGAACGCUGACGACCACUGA